AUGCACCGUACUGAAAUCAAUGUCAAUGUCCGUCUUGGUGUGUCAUCCUUUCUCAGUCUUCACAUGUCUAAUAUAUCAUUACAUAUGUUCGGUGUAAGACCGGACGAUGAACUUCAAUCUCCCAGUCACGCUAUACUGAUUGAACCCAAGCACUGUUAUGACUCUAAUGACCAGGCUACUGCUCCAGAAACUACGCUAGCUACCUACUGGGUUUACAUUAUGGAUGCGACUAGUACAUAA